AUGAUCACGUACAAGGUGGCUGUGCCCUGGGAGGUGCAGAAACCUGUGAAGACUGCCUGCUCAUUGGACCUCAGUGUGCCUGGUGUGCUCAGGAGAAUUUUACCCAUCCAUCUGGAGUUGGUGAAAGGUGGUGCGCAGACUCUGCAGGUGCAUGUCCGCCAGACUGAGGACUACCCGGUGGAUUUGUAUUACCUCAUGGACCUCUCCGCCUCCAUGGAUGAUGACCUCAACACAAUCAAGGAGUUGGGCUCCCGGCUUUCCAAAGAGAUGUCUAAAUUAACCAGCAACUUUAGACUGGGCUUCGGAUCUUUUGUGGAAAAACCUGUAUCCCCUUUUGUGAAAACAACACCAGAAGAAAUUGCCAACCCUUGCAGUAGUAUUCCAUACUUCUGUUUACCUACAUUUGGAUUCAAGCACAUUUUGCCAUUGACGAAUGAUGCUGAAAGAUUCAAUGAAAUUGUGAAGAAUCAGAAAAUUUCUGCUAAUAUCGACACACCCGAAGGUGGAUUUGAUGCAAUUAUGCAAGCUGCUGUGUGUAAGGAAAAAAUUGGUUGGCGGAAUGACUCCCUCCACCUCCUGGUCUUUGUGAGUGAUGCUGAUUCUCAUUUUGGAAUGGACAGCAAACUGGCAGGCAUCGUCAUUCCUAAUGACGGGCUCUGUCACUUGGACAGCAAGAAUGAAUACUCCAUGUCAACUGUCUUGGAAUAUCCAACAAUUGGACAACUCAUUGAUAAACUGGUACAAAACAACGUGUUAUUGAUCUUCGCUGUAACCCAAGAACAAGUUCAUUUAUAUGAGAAUUACGCAAAACUUAUUCCUGGAGCUACAGUAGGGCUACUUCAGAAGGACUCCGGAAACAUUCUCCAGCUGAUCAUCUCAGCUUAUGAAGAACUGCGGUCUGAGGUGGAACUGGAAGUAUUAGGAGACACUGAAGGACUCAACUUGUCAUUUACAGCCAUCUGUAACAACGGUACAUUCUUCCAACACCAAAAGAAAUGCUCUCACAUGAAAGUGGGAGACACAGCUUCCUUCAACGUGACUGUGAAUAUCCCAAACUGUGAGAGAAGAAACAGGCACAUUAUCAUAAAGCCUGUGGGGCUGGGGGACGCCCUGGAAUUACUUGUCAGUCCAGAAUGCAACUGCGACUGUCAGAAAGAAGUGGAAGUGAACAGCUCCAAAUGUCACCACGGGAACGGCUCCUUCCAGUGUGGGGUGUGUGCCUGCCACCCUGGCCACAUGGGGCCUCGCUGUGAGUGUGGCGAGGACAUGCUGAGCACAGAUUCCUGCAAGGAGGCCCCAGAUCAUCCCUCCUGCAGUGGAAGGGGUGACUGCUACUGUGGGCAGUGUAUCUGCCACUUGUCUCCCUAUGGAAACAUUUAUGGGCCUUAUUGCCAGUGUGACAAUUUUUCCUGCGUGAGACACAAAGGGCUGCUCUGCGGAGACAAUGGCGACUGUGACUGUGGUGAGUGUGUAUGCAGGAGCGGCUGGACUGGCGAGUACUGCAACUGCACCACCAGCACGGACUCCUGCAUCUCUGAAGACGGAGUUCUCUGCAGCGGGCGCGGGGACUGCGUUUGUGGGAAGUGUGUUUGCGCAAACCCGGGAGCCUCAGGACCAACCUGUGAACGAUGUCCUACCUGUGGUGACCCCUGUAACUCUAAACGGAGCUGCAUUGAGUGCCACCUGUCAGCAGCUGGCCAAGCCCGAGAAGAAUGUGUGGACAAGUGCAAACUAGCUGGUGCGACCAUCAGUGAAGAAGAAGAUUUCUCAAAGGAUGGUUCUGUUUCCUGCUCUCUGCAAGGAGAAAAUGAAUGUCUUAUUACAUUCCUGAUAACUACAGAUAAUGAGGGGAAAAGCAUCAUUCACAGCAUCAGUGAAAAAGAUUGUCCAAAGCCUCCAAACAUUCCCAUGAUCAUGUUGGGGGUUUCCCUGGCUAUUCUUCUCAUCGGGGUUGUCCUGCUGUGCAUCUGGAAGCUGCUGGUGUCAUUUCAUGAUCGUAAAGAAGUUGCCAAAUUUGAAGCAGAACGAUCAAAAGCCAAGUGGCAAACGGGAACCAAUCCACUCUACAGAGGCUCCACGAGUACUUUUAAAAAUGUAACUUAUAAACACAGGGAAAAACAAAAGGUGGACCUUUCCACAGAUGGAUAG